AUGCGCUCUACAGAACUGAUUGUAGAGCGGGGGCCCUCGCGCAACGAGGCGCAUUCAAUGGUCAACGAGUCGCCGUCGAACCAACCGCAAGAGCAGUUCUCCCUGGAGCCGAAAUGGAAAACGGCGGCGGCACCAUCCUGUGAGUCGUCGUCCGAAGAGGCGGCCUACCCGAAGGGGAACGAAGAGGAAGAGCACAACGAAGCGAGGCCUCGUGCUCUGUGCCGACUGACCGAUGUGUCUACCGAUCAUUAUGCCAAGAAUCCCGAUUCAGAGGAGGAGGAUGCACAAGACGAGGCUGAAGGAGACGGGUCGCACGUCGGGGCGAUCCCUGCCGAAGCUGCCACAACAGCGCGUCCUCACGACCUCCACAAGGCCAAGAAGAAGCGUUCGAAUCACGCAAAGGAGACGAAGGCGGCAGAGACGUUGGAAAAGCCGGCAGCGCCGCGUAAGAAGAAGCCCAUGUACAAGGUUAACAUUGGCAACGUGGAGCGUCACCCUCCCGUCCCGGAGGGUGUGAACACGCCGCGCAGCGUGAUGCUCUGUAAGGAGUGCGGCGUGAACCCUAGCGAGCUGGCCCGGUACGACAGGAAGCACUUCCAAGGCGCCGGCGUGUCGGACGAGGUGGCGGAGCUGCGCUACCAAAGUUACGAGAAGCGCCGCUGUGCCCGUAUGGCGCAGCUGAAACCGGCCUACAAGGAAAGCAUCAAAUAUGACUUGGAGGAUCCCGUGUCCGUCCCCGCGGCCAAGCGCAAGGCGCAAGCAGCAGAAGAGGCUCCUGCGCGACCCGCCGCAGCGGCGCAGGCGGCCGCCCCGCCGCCGAAGCUGUUGGAUGAAGAAGCGCAGAUGCAGCGCCAGUUCGAGGCUCAGCAUCAGCGUCUGCUCGAACAAGAGCGCCGAAAGACGGUGACGUCGGGAUACGAUAGUGAUGGCCGUCGCCGCAGCCCCCCACGCGCAGGCCAUUUCUACGGCGCGUCGGUGCGCUCUGUCGGGUCGGCAAAGUCGCCCGGGCGCUACUCGAGGAACACAUCCGUCGGCGCCAGACCCACCGUCGACCAGCCGUAUAGUGCCGCGAAAAUCUAUAGCGCGAGCAUUGUGGAGAGUCGCCCGCUGACGCAGAGCGAGGUGAUCAUGAUCGAUGAGAUCAACGAGCGCGAGGCUCACCGCAUUGACACGCAGGAGCGCGCCUUCGUCAUCCAGGAAAACAAGCAGCUGAUGCACGUCGAGCGUGAGCUGAUUCGUGAACGUCUCGCAUGUGUGCGCGUGCAGAAGAAUGCGGAGGACCGAGAGAAGAUGCAGCAAAAAAUGCACAAGCGCAACGAGGCGCGCCAGAACGUGGUGGCGAAGCGCCGCAAGAAACUGGAGGCAGAGCGUCAGGCACGUAUCCAGGACAGCGUCGCCGAGAAGGCGGCUCGUUGCCACACAACGAACCCGUACGCCUCGCUUAUGCUGCGUCAGAUGAGCGGCUUCUCCACGUGCCACACCUCUAGCAGCUUCCCGUCCCAGGGGGCGGACGUGAGCGCUUCACGGGAGCAGUCUUCAGAGGCGGAGUAG